GAGAAUACGUUGAUGAGUAUGGUCACUGCCAGAUCUGUGAAGCCUCCUGUGCCAAGUGCUGGGGGCCAACCCAGGAGGACUGCACUGGCUGUCCCAUUACCAGGAUUUUUGAUGAUGGCCGCUGCGUGCUGAACUGUCCCUCGCAGACAUACGAACUGAAGAAUCAAUGCCAUCCAUGCCACUACAGCUGCCAAGGAUGUCAGGGGGGCGGGCCCUCCAACUGCACCUCCUGUGGAGCAGAUGAGCAUGGCCAAGAGCGCUUCUUGUACCAGGGGGAGUGUCGAGAGAGCUGCCCAGCAGGCCACUACCCUGCCCAGGGGCACACCUGCCUGCCCUGCCCAGACAACUGUGAGCUUUGCCACAGCCCUCACGUCUGCACGAGAUGCACAAGCGGCUACUUCAUGGUGGCCACCAACCACACCUGCCAGAAGUUAGAAUGUGGACAAGGUGAAGUCCAAGACCCAGACUAUGAAGACUGCGUGCCUUGUCAAGAAGGAUGUCUGGGAUGCAGCUUGGAUGAUCCAGGAACCUGCACAUCAUGCACUACGGGGUAUUACAUGUUUGAACACCAUUGUUACAAAACCUGUCCUGAGAAGACCUACAGGGAAGGACUGGAAUGCAAAGCAUGUGCUGCUAACUGUGGCAGCUGUGACCAGAAUGAGUGCUACUGGUGUGAGGACGGUUUCUUUCUCCUGGAUGGCAGCUGUGUGAGGAAAUGUGGCCCUGGCUACUAUGGUGACCAAGACACAGGAGAAUGUGAGCCCUGCCACCGCACCUGCAAAUCCUGCACCGGCCUUGGCCACGACAAGUGCAGCAGCUGCCGAGGAGGACUGCAGCUGCUGCAGGGGACAUGUGUUCAUCCUGCCCAGACCCAGGUGGGCGGCACAUUCUGGAAUGACAUUUUGAGAAAAUACCAGCCUUGUCAUCCUUCUUGUAAAACCUGCAAUGGAUCUGCAACUCUGUGCACCUCCUGUCCGAAAGGUGCAUAUCUGUUGGCUCAGACCUGUGUCUCCUCCUGUCCCCAAGGCACAUGGCCCUCAGUAAGGAGUGGCAGCUGUGAGAACUGUACAGAGGACUGUGCCUCUUGCUCUGGAGCCAGUCUUUGCAAAAAGUGCCAGACUCGGCUGGGCCACUCUCUCUUCCUCCAUGGAGGCAGGUGCUACAGCAAGUGCCCUGAGGGCUUUUAUGCAGAAGAUGGCAUGUGUGAACGCUGUAGCUCUUCUUGUAGAACAUGCGAAGGAAAUGCCACCAACUGCCAUUCUUGUGAGGGAGGCCUCGUCCUGCAGCACGGAGUGUGCCAGGAAACCUGCUCCGAGAGACAUGUGGCCGUGGAGGGGGUGUGCAGGCAUUGCCCAGAGAUGUGUCAGGAAUGCAUCCACGAGAAGACCUGCAAAGAGUGCAUGCCUGAGUUCUUCCUGCACAAUGAUGUGUGCCAUCAGUCCUGUCCCAGCGGCUUCUAUGAGGACUCGCGCCAGUGUGUCCCCUGCCAUGAAGACUGUCUGGAGUGCAGUGGCCCCAAAGCAGACGACUGCGAGCUCUGUGCUAAGGAUUUCCUGGUCCUCUAUGAUGGGCGGUGUUUAGACGCAUGUCCAGCAGGAACGUACUUUGAGAAAGAGACUAUGGAUUGCAGAGAUUGCCACAAGUCCUGCCAGACCUGCUCGGAGUUUGGGACCUGCACGAGCUGUCGGGAAGGGCUGAGGAUGAACACCCGUGGGGGCUGCGUGGCCAACAGGGAAUGCGCCCUCUCCGAGUACUGGGACGAGGAAGACCACGCGUGCAAGCCCUGCCACGCUAAGUGCUUCCGCUGCACGGGGCCUGCCCAGGACCAGUGCCACACCUGCCACAGGGACAGCCUUCUUCUCAACACAACCUGCGUGGAGGACUGCCCAGAGGGCUACUAUGCCGAUGAAGACCACCACCGCUGUGCCCCCUGCCACAGCUCUUGCAGGACAUGUGAAGGGAGACACAGCAUGCAGUGUAGCUCCUGCCGACCAGGCUGGUUCCAGCUGGGAAAAGAGUGCCUGCUCCAGUGCAGGGAAGGAUACUACGCAGAGAACUCCACCGGCCAGUGCCAGAGGUGCAGCAGGAGCUGCAAGGCCUGCCGGGGCCCGCGGCCCACGGACUGCCUGGCCUGCGAUACAUUCUUCUUUCUGCUGCCCUCCAAGGGAGAAUGCCAUCGCACCUGCCCGGAGCAUCACUAUGCAGAGCAAAGAACACAGACCUGUGAGAGAUGCCAUCCCACCUGCAAGACAUGCAAAGGAACAGGAGCAUUGAGUUGCUUAUCCUGUGUGUGGAGUUACCACCUCAUGGGAGGAAUCUGCACCUCGGACUGUCUUGUGGGGGAGUACAGAGUGGGAGAGGGAGAAAAAUUUAAGUGUGAAAAAUGCCACGAGAGCUGCCUGGAAUGCAAGGGACCUGGCACCAGGAACUGCACCAUGUGCCCCGCCAGCCUGGUGCUGCACAUGGAUGACAGCCGCUGCCUCCACUGCUGCAACGCCUCCAAUCCCGCUGCCCAGGAGUGCUGUGACUGCCACGACACCACGGACCAGUGCAUCCUUCGACCUGGCAAGGCAGGGCCCGCCGUCGAGCCCUCCCGGACGGCCCUGUCUGUCACCUCUGCUGUCAUGCUGCUGCUGCUGCUCGGGGCCGCAGUGAUCGUCUGGAGGAAAUCUCGGGGCCGAGCACAGGCCGCAGAAAAGGCGGGCUAUGAGAAGCUGGCAGAGGCCGGCAAGGCCUCCUCCUCUAAGAGCAGCUAUGGCCAGAGCACCAGCUUUGAAGAGGACCAGGUGAUCGAGUACAGGGACCAGGACUAUGAUGAGGACGAUGAUGAUGACAUUGUCUACAUGAGCCAGGAUGGCACCGUCUACCGAAAAUUUAAGUACGGGCUGCUGGCCGAGGAGGAUGGUGACGAGCUGGAGUACGAUGAUGAGAGCUACUCCUACCAGUGA